AUGGCCGAACUCAUCACCGCCAACGACCCGCGCAAGGUGGUCGUCAUCACCGGUUGCUCGUCCGGCCUCGGCCGCUCCAUGGCCAUCGAGUUCGCCGCGCAGCCGCACUACCGCGUGUUUGCCACGGCGCGCAACGUCGAGGCGCUGCGCGAGCUGCCGGCGACCAUCGAGCGCGUCCAGCUCGACGUGACGGAUACAGAGUCGAUCAAGGCCGCAUUCGACAACAUCCGCCACUGCACCAAGGACCGCAUCGACAUCCUCAUCAACAACGCCGGCGUCAACCUCGCCGUUGGCCCCCUCAUCGAAACACCCAUCGACAACAUCCGCAAGACAUUCGAUGCGAAUUUCUUUGGACUGAUCGCGGUGACGCAGGCCGCGGUGCCGUCCAUGAUUCGUCGUCGCUCGGGAGUGGUUGUCAACAUCGGCUCGGUAGCUGCGAUUGCAUGCAUGCCGUUCGGUGCGCCCUAUUCUGCAUCCAAGUCCGCCGUUCAUGCGCUUUCGGAUACGCUUCGACUCGAGCUGGCCGGGUUCGGCAUCAAAGUGGUGGUCGUGGCUCCGGGUGCGAUCAAGUCGUCGAUCGCAGACAAUACGCAGAAGAAUCUGCCCACCGCACCGCGUGGGUCGGACGACGAUCUCGGAUAUCUGCCUGCCGACUCGCUGUACAAGCACGUCGAGGACCUCGUCAAGUUCCGCGCCGAGUUCAGCCAGCAGGGCGAACCCACGCCCAGCGAAACUUUCGCCCGCAACGUGCGCAAGUGGGUCGCAGCCUCCAACCCGGGCGCCUACCUCUUCACGGGCAAGAAGAGCCUCACCGUCUGGAUCGCCUACUACCUCCCCACCAAGGUCAAGGACUGGAUCGUGGGUAGGAUCUUCCAGAUUCACCGCAUCGGAACCAACGCCCACAAGAACAAGAACAUCUAG